AUGGUUUCUUGGCUGGAUAGGACUGUAGCAGCUUGUUGCCAACCUUUAGGUCGAAAUGUCGGUUUGAGCAGCGGUGAAGAUGGUGUUCUGAGAGGUGAAGAUUACCCAUUGCUAUGGUAUAGAGACCUUGAGAAACAUUCAUGUGGGGAGUUUUCUUUUGCUGUGGUACAGGCUAAUCAAGUAUGUGAAGAUUAUGGCCACGUUGAACCAGGUCGUGAAGGUACCUUUGUUGGGGUUUAUGAUGGCCAUGGUGGCCAUGAUGCUUCAAGAUUUGCCUGUGAUAACCUUAGCCGGCAUUUAAUAAUGCUUGCUCAAGAAAAGGGAACAAUAGAUGAAGAAGUCCUUAAUAAUGCCUUUGCUGCAACUGAAGAUGGCUUCCUUUCUAUUGUGAAAAGGGAAUUUCAUAUUCUUGAUCCAGCAAUUGCGUCAACGGGGUGCUGCUGUCUGGUUGGUGUUAUCUGGAAAAGGACAUUAUAUGUUGCUAACCUGGGGGACUGUAGAGCAGUAUUAGGUCAUAUAGGAGGAUUCAAUAGGAUUUUUGCUGAGCAAUUGACUAAUGAUCAUAAUGCUAGGAUCAAGGAGGUCAGGGAUGAACUGAGGGCUCUGCACCCAGACGAUCCAAACAUUGUGUCUUGUGUCGGAAGAACAUGGCGUUUUAAAGGCAUUAUAAAGGUAACUAGAGCAAUUGGAGAUGCAUUUCUGAAGAAGCCAGAAUUUGCUCUUGGUGCAAUUCCUCUUAGGCGGCCAGUACUAAGAGCUGAUCCAUCUGUCUGUUCAAGAAACUUACAACCAUGCGAUAGAUUUGUUAUAUUUGCUUCUGAUGGGCUGUGGGAUCUCUUAAGCAAUGAAGAGGCUGUACAAAUUGUGCAUACCUACCCUAGACAGGGCAUAGCUAGAAGACUUGUUCUAUCAGCCCUGAAUGUGGCGGCACGUGCAAGAAAGUUGAAGUACGAUGACCUUAUGAAUUAUGACAAAGGUGUCAGGAGGGCCUUUCAUGAUGAUAUAACAGUCGUGGUCAUCUUUAUAGAUCACGAGAUGCUGAAUGACGAAUUAACUGUGCCUGGAAUGUCAGUUCGAGGAUUUGUAGACACUCAUCGACCAUCAGAUUUCAAUAUUGAGCAAGAGGUUGCUACAGAGUUCGAACUCACAGAGACCGACCCCACAGAGACUGAACCCACGGAGACUGAACCCACAGAGACUGAACCCACAGAGACCGAACCCACAGAGACCGAACCCACAGAGACUGAACUCACAGAGACAGUAUAACAAGUUGUUGGCACUUGUUCUUUUCUAGGGAAGCGUGGAUGUGGGAAGUUUCUGAUCUCCCAUUUUUGCCUCGUUUUACCAAUUCACAUUUUGAUAUACAGUCCAGAUGAACAGCAAGACUAUUAGGUUACCCCUAUGCCACCACCAUCCAAAUGGUCAUGGGCAAAUUUUGAAUGU